AUGGGAUCUUCAGGUGGUACAUCUCCACAAGGUAAAUCUGUAUUCGUGGAAAUUGGUAAAGCUUCUGGAAGUGGAUAUUAUAAUGAUGGAGAUAAUAAAAUCACAUUUACCAGAUAUUCUGACCAACCGGAAAAGGGCUACAAAAAAUACAUUCAUACCCCUCCCAAUUCAUAUGUUAUUAGAACCAUAAAACAUGAUGACAAGGGUCAGACUGGACUUGCGGAUCUUAGCAGUAAACGAUAUGAGGUAGCUUCAGUUUACUAUCUUGAAUAUGAUCAUUCCAACUUUGUGCCGCUAUUAAUCGGGUUUACAAAGAACGGAGACAAACAUUUCUAUUAUACACUAACUAAAUACACGACUCUUGACGAAAUGUGGAACAAAGAUAGCACUAUUAAGAAUGCUGAGACAUGCAAAAAAAGGCUCGCAGGAAUUUGCGCUAUGCUUAGAGAUUUGGUAGUCUUAAGAGUAGAUUGUAUCAAAGAUUCUUACUAUGCUAACGGAGAUCCUGCAAAUCCCCCAGAAAAAAAUAAAUUGACAAAAGUAAAGGUCACUGGACCCUAUACUGUUUAUGCUACUUACAAAAAAUAUAUUCAUAUUCCAGAAGAGAUAUCUACCAUGAGGGUAAUUACUUCUAGGCAUCAAGCAAAGCACAUUACAUUUAUCCUAAAAGAGAUUGGUCUUACUAAAUUUAGUAGUGUCUCAGUAUAUUACUGGGUCGGAGAUGCUUCUUAUUAUAAUCCGUUACUUCUUGAAAUGAGUGGAUCUGGAGAACCGAGGUAUUUCAAAUUAGAUGGAAGCAGGUGGGUAUCUUGUAGUGUAACUCAACCCAGUUUUGAGAGUUUUCUUGACAUGGAAACAUGUAGAUACAAUAGAGAGCAUAUAGUUGAUAUUAUGCAGAUGAAAGACUCUUACGAUUGUUCUUGUGGAAAAUUCAAGAUCACUCUAAAAUCUACAAAUGAAGGUGGAUAUCAGAAGGUUGUCCACAGUAUAAGUGGAAAUCAAUAUCUUGGUAAAUUCGUAUCAGAAACGACUACACAAUAUGGAAUAGAUAUCAAAUAUGGCGUAGGAGUAGCAACUGUGUUCCACUAUCCUAACGAAAAUCCCCAACCACUCUUAAUAUUAUUUGAUGGAAAAUGGUAUGAAAGAGAAACUAUGAACAACUGGAAGGAAAUAGAGGACAAAAAUCUUCCUAUAACUGAAGAUUCAAAAGAUCAAAUAGAAGCCCAUCUCCAAAGGAUAGACUACAAUGAACCGUACAGUUAUGCGGAUGAAUACAAAGAUGGAUCCUCCUCUGUUAGCAUAAUAAUUGGAACAGUCGUAGGAUUAGCCCUUGCGUGUUUCGUCGUCCACGAAUGCCUUAUGCUUCGUAGUAAUGCAGCUAAAAGUAUCAUAAUGAAAGUCAUGAGUAAGUUCCAUAAAAGACCACACUAGUUCUCAACAAAACAGAGUAACGUAUAGAUACCUUCUACAAUGGUCUCAGCAUGUUCGCUAAUAGUUUAUAUCCUUG